AUGGAGACGUUUGAUCCCGCCGAGCUGCCCGAGCUGCUGAAACUUUAUUACCGCAGGCUCUUUCCAUACUCGCAGUACUACCGCUGGCUCAACUAUGGUGGAGUGGUAAAGAAUUACUUUCAACACCGUGAAUUCUCAUUCACCCUGAAAGAUGAUAUUUACAUUCGAUACCAGUCGUUCAACAACCAGAGUGAGCUGGAAAAGGAGAUGCAGAAAUUGAAUCCAUACAAGAUUGAUAUUGGUGCAGUCUAUACCCACCGACCCAAUCAACACAAUACAGUAAAGCUGGGAGCUUUCCAGGCACAAGAAAAAGAGCUGGUGUUUGAUAUUGACAUGACAGACUAUGACGAUGUAAGGAGAUGUUGUAGUUCUGCAGAUAUAUGCUCCAAGUGCUGGACUCUCAUGACAAUGGCUAUACGCAUUAUUGACCGAGCAUUGAAAGAGGAUUUUGGAUUUAAGCAUCGUCUCUGGGUGUACUCUGGAAGGAGAGGUGUUCAUUGUUGGGUCUGUGAUGAAUCAGUUCGAAAAUUAUCUUCCACUGUGCGUUCUGGGAUAGUUGAGUAUUUGAGUCUUGUAAAGGGAGGUCAAGAUGUUAAAAAGAAAGUUCAUCUGAGUGAAAAAAUUCACCCUUUCAUCAGAAAAUCUAUAGAUAUAAUACAAAAAUAUUUUGAAGAAUAUGCCCUGGUUGGUCAAGAUAUUCUUGAAAACAAAGAAAACUGGGAUAAGAUUUUAGCCCUUGUUCCUGAAACACUUCAUAAUGAUCUUCAGCGUCAUUUCCAAAAGAGUCACAACUCAGUACAGCGUUGGGAACAUUUGAAAAAUGCAGCCAACAGUUACCAGAGUAAUAGCAAAAAUGACAAGUGUGGACCUUGGUUUGAGUGGGAGAUCAUGCUCCAGUAUUGUUUCCCACGGCUGGAUAUCAAUGUUAGUAAAGGAAUCAACCAUUUAUUGAAGAGCCCUUUUAGUGUUCACCCUAAGACAGGUCGAAUUUCUGUGCCUAUUGAUCUACGAAAAGUAGAUCAGUUUAAUCCAUUUACUGUUCCAACCAUAAGUUCCAUCUGCCAUGAAUUGGAUGCCAUUUUUGCUAAUGAAGAAGAAAAGGAGAAGAAUGAAGAUGAAUCUGAAACCAAACAUAGAACUAGAGAUUAUAAGAAGACGAGUCUAGCUCCUUAUGUAAAAAUUUUUGAACAAUUUCUUGAAAACCUGGAUAAAUCCCGAAAAGGAGAACUUCUCAGGAAAAGUGAUUUACAAAAAGACUUCUAAGGAUUAAAAACUCACCUCAGACCAUUGUGAAUAUCUUCUGCCUCCACAUAAGAAGUAC